GCAGGGCGCGGCAGCCGCCCCUGUCAUUCCGUCCAGCUGGCAGCGGUGGGGCCGGCAGUCAGCUGUGUUGCUAUGACAACCAUUGUACACAAACCAGGGCUUGGCGUUUGGCUCGUUUGGCUUGGCGUUUGGCAGCGUUUGGGAAUGCCUGCGGCAAAACGCCCGAGGCAAAUCUAGUUAUAUGCAUUGUGCACACCGAUAUUUAUUUAGCGUGUAUGAGAAAAUGUGUCAAUAUUUUAUAUAGUAAAUAUGUGACAAGAUCAAGAAGCUAUAUUUUUGAAGUAUUUAUUCGAACAGAUCCGUGGAUAACCGAUCAUGGCACCGAAAAAGAAAGGAGGCAAGAAGAAGGGGAAGGGGUCGGCCAAGGGUCCGGCCAUCAUCGAUGGCGUCGCCGUGGCCGACAUGACCAGGGAGCAGGUGGAGGCGCACCUGGAGCGACUCAGGGAGGAGCUCAACCGGGAGCGCGAGGAGCGCAACUACUUCCAGCUGGAGCGCGACAAGAUCAACACCUUCUGGGAGAUCGCCAGGCAGCAGCUGGAUGACGCCAGGGCAGAAAUCAGAAACAACGCUCGCGAGAUAGAAGAAGCCGAGGUGGCCCACCGGACAGAGAUCAGCAUCUACAAACAGAAGAUCAAACAUCUGCUGUACGAGCACCAGACGAACCUGACCGAGCUGAAGGCUGAGUACCACGAGGACCUCAAACAGGCGGAGGACGAGCACCUGGUCAGCGAGAAUGAGCUCAACAAGGACAAACAUAACCUGGACAAACUGAUACGGGAGCGCACCAUCGCCGAACAACAGCUCAUCAGAGACCUGAAACUGAAAUAUACCGACCAACUGAGCAAGCAACUGAACGACUUUGAGCAGCGACUGAGGGAGAUGGAAGCCAAGUACGAGAAGCGCCAGCGCACCCAGCGCAUGGAGCUCGAACUGCAGCGCCGGACCGAGCUGCAUGAGCUCGAGGAGCGGAAAAACACUCAGAUCAACCAGCUGAUCAGCAACCACGAGAAGGCGUUCGGCGAAAUGAAAAACUAUUACAACGACAUAACGCUCAACAACUUGGCGCUGAUCAACACCCUGAAGGAACAAGUGGAAGACCUGAAAACGAAAGAAGAGAGAACUGACAAACACAUGCACGAAGUAAUGAGGGAGAACAAAAACUUGGUGCAGCCCCUUCAGAAAGCAAAGGAGAGGGUCGCCGAGCUGGAGAAAGGCAUGGCUCACUACACCAAGGACAAGCAGAGUUUACAGCAGACCAAGGCCCGGCUCUCCCUUCUGACCAAGAACCACGACGCGCUCACAUGGGAGCACGAGGUGCUCGAGCAGCGCUUCGAUCAGGUUCAGAAGGAACGAGACGAGAUCUACGAGAGGUUCGUGGCGGCGAUCACUGAAGUCCAACAGAAAGCGAGCAUGAAGAGUCUACUGCUGGAGCGAAAGCUGUCCACGCUGGCCGACAGCCUGGAGAAGAAGGAGGCUCAGCUAAACGAAGUGCUGGCCGCGUCCAACCUCGACCCCAAUGCUCUGGGCAUUGUCAACAGAAAACUGGAGGAGAUGCUGGACGCCAAAAAUAACGCCAUCAAGGACAUGCAGUACGAGCUGGCGCGGAUGUGUAAGACGCACGCCGACACUGUGGCCACGUACGCAGCUCGGCUCGAGGAGUACGGGGUGCCGCGAGACAACAUCGGCUUCGAGCCGCUGCGGCCCUGCCAGGGCAAGAAGCUGGGCCGCGGGCCGGCAGGCCUCGUGUCGGGCGGCCACAACAAGUGAAAACGACAUCACACGAGAUAUUAUGUGAAACUGGGCAAUGCGCGCAUGUCGCAGUGAGCGCUUCCAGACGCCAAUAGAAAAUUGUGUUGAUACGUGCACGCGUUGGUGAAAUGUCAGUGUCUUUGAAGUAAAAGUCGAUGACUAAAUAAAAAAAACGACUGUA